AUGAAAUAUAAAGAUAUAGUUUCUGACACGAUUCCACAUUAUGGAUUACUUGAACAUAUCAAUAAUUUGUAUUAUGAUAAUAAAAUAACUGAACUCUCAAGUAAAACAAACUAUUCCAUAAUAACACCAAUUAUAUUGUUAUUAAUCAAUACACAUGAUAAAGGCAUUCCAAAAUUAUCUGAACAUGUAUCAAUACGUAUUCAUGUAUUAGAUGAGAAUGAUAAUUCACCUCGUUUUAUUUAUCCUGAUCCAACAGAUGUAAAUAAAACAAAAACUUUUGUAUCAUAUAAAGAACCAUCAGGAUAUGCAUUUACACAAGUUUUGGCUAUAGAUAUUGAUGCAGGUGAAAAUGGUACAAUUCACUAUUUUAUUCAUUCUGGUAAUGAUAAUAAUUAUUUUCAAUUAGAUUCAUAUAAUGGAAUAUUAAGUAUUCAUAAACAAAUUCCAUAUAAUGCAAUAGGUGAAUAUAUUCUUAAAUUAGAAGCAAGAGAUUGUGGUAAACCAUAUCGUUUUACAAUAACAGAAUUAAUUAUUGAAAUUGAUCAAUCACCAUCUAAAGCAUAUCUUACAACAAAUAUAUAUCAAUUACAUAAUUCUGAUAGAAUUAUGCAAUAUGGUGCUAGUGAUAAUACAUUAAAUUUAUAUAUUAUCAUUGCAAUUAUUGCAGCAGCUUGUGUUAUAUCAACUAUAUUGUUAUUUUUAGUGUUUAUAUUUUUACAACGUACAAAACGUAAUCGUCAUGAUAGAACUGAUUUAUCAGAAAAUUCAAUAAGAAAGUAUCAUGAUAUAAAUAUGAAAGAAUUACAAACAAACUAUUCCAUAACAAAUCAAUCACAAAAUCAGAACAUGAAUAAAUUUUCAGAUUAUGGAGUUCAUCCAUUUCCUAAUUGCUCUCAACAAUUACCCAGUUACGAAGAUGGAAAUAAUAAUUUGGAAUUAAUUAAUCAUCCAAAUGGGAGUUUGUUUCUGUUACCUGUUGAGACAGAUUAUAAUUACGGUCAAAAUUCAUUUAAUAAAAUUCCCGGUACUUAUUGGUCCACUAAUAGUAACAUAAUUAAUGAUAAUAAUAUUGUCAACAUGGAAACUAAUGAAAACAAGAUAAAUCUGACUGUUUCAUCAUAUAACAUGAACAAUUUAUAUAAUGAUUAUACAAAUUAUCACAAUGGGGAUAAAAUAGAUAUCACUGGUUAUCAAGAUGUUUGUCAAACAAUAUUGAAUGGCCAAUGUUCAAUACCUUUUAGUAUACCUGAGGCCUGUCAUGAACUGACUGAUAUAUCAAAACAUCCACAUAUUUUAAUGUCUACAAUGGAUAAUUGGCCAAAAUUAUCAACAACCGAUUUUACAUCUAAUAUCAUUAUAUCAACUGAUUGUGAUUCAGGUAAUGGUGAUAGUGUAGAAAUUCAACCAAAUUUAUCAACUAAAGUUUAUUUUGUUGGAAGAACAUAA